AGUUUUUCCCCCACACGAUUGCACUUACGCUGUUCUUCUUCCCCCUUUACCUCUCAUUUUCUAUAACUCAGCCCCACCUUAUCACGAAAGUUACGAGAUAAUCAAAUUUUUCCCCUUUACAAUUACCGUUGAAUACAGCAAGAAAGCCUUCUAGCCAAAAUGGACGUAAAGGCGUUCAAUGCCGCGUUCAAGAAGCUCCAAGAGCUAGAGUCGCCCACCCGCACGGCCGAGGCGGACAAGUUCUUGAAAAAACUGGACUACUUUUACUUCCCCAGCUUGACCGUCUGGUCGCACUGGGACUACGCGCGAACUGUGAAACUGCACCAGCCGUUUGACCUGGCCCGAACCGUGGAUUGCGAGCAGCCGAUCCCGGACGUGGACGUGGAUACGCUGUUGCAAGGGAAUAACGAGCUGAAGCACGGCAUCAUCCGCCGCGAUUCUUUACCCGUGGGUCUGGGGGGUUUGCACGACAAAAAGUCCGCGCCGAAGGUCUCUUUCGCCGGGGACAAGAAGUCGGAGAAGCUGUACGAGGGCCAGAACACGCUGUUGACGCCCGCAAACCUGCAGAAGCUCAAGUCUUGUCCGGGCGUCCCGCAUUUCUUCCCGCAGGUGAUCAAGUACAGCCACGCCCAGGAUCAGGAGAACGCGAAGCAGCAAAAGAAACUGCUGGAGCGGCGUAACACGGCCAGGGGGUUGGGCGUCAGCAGUCGAUCGUCGAAGAGCGACCUGGACGCGAAGGAACUCCACAGCUCUCCCAGCUCCGGGGGGAAGGAGGAGAAGGACGUGAAGAAAUCGUCGUCCGCGCUCCUGAAUAAGUCCACGGACGACGAGAAUGAGGAUGAAGACGAGAAAAAGAAGCUGAAACUCCCGCCACUGCAGCUCGGGCCGCACAUCUCGCCCUACGGAAUGACGGCCGUGAAUAUCACUUGCCCGCGGACGAUCAAUCGGGUGGAAAACAAAGGCCAGUUCGCGGAGGAGAUGCAGCACAGGAGGGACUUGGUCGACAACUACUACGACGAGCACUUGAAAUACCUGUAUUUGAUAAAACGCACGCCCGUGACGCAGAAAAUGAAGAAUCUGCUGCUGAAAAAACCCGACCGGAUAACGCGCGCCAUGGAAAUCAUCGACGAAUUUGCCCGACUGCGGGAAGUUUCGCGGCAACACACAAAUUUGACGAAGUUCUUCGCUUGCUACCGGUCGUCCACGGAAUUGGUCAUCAUUUCCGCGUUUGAACCAGCCCGUGAUUUGCAAACCUGGAUAAAGUUGCACCGACGGGGGAUCAAGGAGCACAUCGUGCCCAGAUUAGAGUGGGCGGACAUCAGCUACUGGGUGGCGCAGGUGACGCACGCGAUUGCGUACUUGCAUUACAACGAUUUGAUCCACAGAAACGUCAAACCCUCCAACGUCUUCCUCGAGCCGCUCGGCCCGUCGGCGAUCCAGGGCGGCCCGCACUUCGACGUGUGCAAAUUUUACAAGUUGAAGCUGGGCGACUGGGGCAGCGCGCUGUUCCGGUACUACGGGGACAGUAUCAAGGAGGACGAUAUUCUCUCCUGGCCGCCAGAAGUGAUCGUAGGCGACGCAGUGACGAGCAAGUCCGACCUGUGGGGCAUCGGCAACAUUCUCUGGCAAUUAUGCACAUUGAAGCCGCCGUUCAGCUACCCGAAGAACGCGACGGAUGUGGACAAACGGAUCGCGUACGUGGAAAAAGUUGUCACUUUUGGCACGGACGUCCCCGAUUUGACCAGAUUCGGCGAGGAGAAGUUCCCGAAGAGGUACGUGAAGGCGUUCCCCUUGCUCCGCCUGCUGUUCGCGAAGGAGCCGAAGGCCAGGCCGACGUGCGGGGAUUUGCUCGCCUGUCCGGACAGCUCACUGCGGUUCUCGGCGCAGAGUGUGGAAGACCACAUGUCGUGGACGAAAUAUCAUCCGACGCUGUUGACGCCGAGCGUGUCCCGACCGGUAAAAUUCAUGCCGGACGGCGAGCCGCCGAAGUACACGGACGACCCGCUGCCGCCGCAACCGUGGCACGUGUUGCCGCCGACCUUGUGUGAGGCGUUGUCCAUCGCAUCGUUCCAACAGCGGAAAAAGAAACUCCUCGCGAAAGCGCGGUUCUUCGCGAAGACGAAGCUCAUGCUGCGGCAGAACUUCGGACAGACCGCGGGGAAUGUGGAGGACGACGAUGAGGACGGUGAGAAGAAGAAGGAUCCCAGUGGAACAAUCACGGAAAAACCGUCCAAGGACGUCGUCGUCAGCUACAAAACGCCAGAUCCGGAAACCAUGAUCCGUACUGAUUUUUUUGAUUUUGCGUAUAGUGUUUUUGUUGUGUUGUGUUUUCUUCAGUCUAGCUGCACGCCAAAAGAAAAUCUGCUGACUCUCAUCUUGACAAAAACUUCAAUUAUCAGGCAACGGCGGCGAUCGGUACUUCGGGCGUGUGGAGCGUUUGAAGGCAAAAGCGACGCUCGGCCGCGUCGGCCUCAAGGGGUUGUCGAAGAAGAAGCACCGGCCAAGAGCGAAAAAUAUGUUCGAUAAUGCGGCCGCGAAACUGCUGAAGAAGCCUAUCUUGAGGACCUUUUUAGAAGUGCACGAGGACGAAAUGUCGCCCUCACCCAGUCCGCGGAUAAAAUCUGGUGGGAACUUCGAGUCCCCAAGAGAGGCACUGUUGCGGGAAAAGCACGCGCUCAGCAACGCCAGUAGCCCGUUGAGCUCGGCAAGGGGGAAAAGUCCGAGAAGUGGAUUGGCAAAUAAAAGUGUUUCGAAAGAGGCGGCAGGGAGUGCCAGUCCUGCGGCACCAGCAGAGGACCGACUGCAGACGACGCCUGUGGAUAUCGCACCGGGCGGUCCCGGGGAAAAGCCAGCACCUCUCAAGCUCGAUGCAGAGCUGCUCACAUGAAUAGGUGGCGUCUUACACUAGAUUUUGAUUUUUUUAUACGUACAGUAGCUACAACAUUGUUUAUCGCUGGUGCAGAGUUUACGUUGAAUUUCCUCUGCAGUGCAAUUUAUUUUCAAUCGCGAUUUUGUUGUCUAGGCGGACCCCGCUUCAGGCAUGUUCUUGCCCGUUUUCUAAAGACCGUUGUUGCAGCAAGUGAAAUUUUACACCCCCACCGUCCUGCAACGUAUGUUUUACAAAAAUUAAUCCCCUCUCGCUCUCGCUUCUUCCCAAGUUUUGACGACUAUUUGAAGUUCCACCGCAUGAUAAGUCAACGAAUGUUUAUGUUUGAUUCAUUCUGAAGGUUGAAGUACUCCCC